CUCACUUCCUAGUCCAAACUACGAAACCUGAGUGUUGAGUCAUUGUGAACUUUACCGUGAGAUAAACUAAAGAAACACCAGGCGCAGUCAUGGCUGGAAACUCGGAACCGAGGAGUGUUUCGUUUCCCGUUUCUGGAAUAGUGAUAGCAGUAGUGUCAAGUUUCAUUAAUGGGUCGACAUUUGUGCUUCAAAAAAAGGGAAUAUUACGCUCACGCGACAGAGGAGGGUCGUACCUGACAGAUGUGGUGUGGUGGAGUGGCACACUGUCCAUGAUUAUUGGUCAAAUUGGGAAUUUCCUGGCGUACAAUGUGGCCCCCGCUGUAAUAGUUACACCACUAGGAGCCCUUGGAGUGUUAUUUGGGGCUGUGCUGGCUUCUUGGAUCCUGAAGGAGCAUUUAAAUAUCCUGGGAAAGCUGGGCUGUGUAUUGUGUUGCUGUGGCUCUGUUGUGCUCAUCGUUCAUGCCCCUAAAGCGGAGACCGUUACAUCGAGACUGGAGUUAGAGGAGAGGCUAUCGGACCCAGUGUUUGUAGUGUACGCCCUCUUGGUGGUCCUGCUGCUGGUCCUUCUCAUUGUGUGGAUUGCUCCAGCUCACGGCACAUCAAACAUCAUGGUAUAUGUCGCCAUAUGUUCCCUCUUGGGAAGCUUCACUGUCCCGAGCAGCAAAGGACUUGGCCUGGUGUCACAAGACGUCUUUGGAGAAGGGCCGUCGAGCAGCCGAGCUCUGGCUCUCUUCCUGGGCUUGUUGGGGACUCUGGCGGUCAGCAUCCUGAUCCAGUUCUUCUUCAUCAACAAGGCCCUGGAGUGUUUCAGCUCCAACAUGUUUGAAGCCAUAUACUAUGUAACAUUCACGUCCACCGUGAUUCUGGCUUCUGCUCUUCUCUUCAAGGAGUGGACUGCCCUGACGUUGACGGACAGCCUGGCCAUGCUCUGUGGUCUGACAACAGUGUGUGUCGGGGUAGUUUUACUCCGCAUUUCCCAAGAGGCUGUGAUUACUUGGAAGAAGAAGACAGACUGAUUGAGAUUCCUUCACAUUUAUAUGACAUCUGUGCCAAACUGCAAACUGCCAAAAAAAAAAAAUUAAAUUAUGAUUUGUUUAAAAAAAAUAUGAUGGACUCUUCAGGAGAGGUUAUUAUCUUCACUUGAUUUUCUGCGCGGGAAAGUCCUCGGAGGACACAGUCUUGUGAACGUAGUCAUACGGAGACAUCCAGAGAGAGUUGAAACUCAUUUGGCAACGGCUUGAAUGUAACGGACGUUAACUAAUAUCCAAAAGUUACGCACUAAAAAUAACUGCAACACCUAAACACUACAUGUUGCAGUUAUGUACAGUAAGUGUGUGAGAAUCAGUUAGCAAGAGAAUGGAGACUUUUAAACAGGUAGCUUUAAGAGUGAUGACUAAACAGUUCAAAUGAUUAGCUAAAAGUAUCGUUAAUGGAUAAGUGGUUGAAACAGUGGUGGAGUUGAUAAGACACAUACCUUUGGUGUGGGAGAUCAGGGUUCAAUUCCCACUGCAAUACAUCAACCAAGGUGUCACUGAGCAAGACACUUACCCCUAGUUGCUCCAGAGGCGUGCAACCUCUAACAUACUGUAUAUAGCAUAUAGUAUAUUGGAUAAAAGCGUCAGCUAAUGACAUGUAAUGUAAUGUUACAUUCAUCUCCACUCCGGAUAGUAGUACGCGUGUAAUAGUACGAUUGCUGACUCAGCCGACCUCAAUAUUGACAGUUCAGUUGCAUGAAACAAGGAACAAUAUCCACUUUAACAUUUAACAGUUACACAUUUAGAACAUCCGUUGGUAACUGAUGAAGUCCAAAGGCUGUAGGGGGGACCUCAGUCCAAAAGGUGAUGAUAUUAUUAUUAUUAUUAUUAUUAUAAUAACACAGAGUCUAUGCUUGAUUUGUCCAGUUGAAAUGACCAAACUGUAUUUAUUAAGAGUACAAGUUAUUAACUAGUUUAACAUUUUACUAGAAUCUUCUUGCAGUUUCUCAUGGAACAGUUCUUAGUUACUGUGUAACCCACAAAUAUCUCCAAAAGGAAAAGUUUUUCUUUCUUAAAUCAUUCCAUCUUUUACUUCAUUAAUACUUACAAAUGCAACUCUCAUCAACCUAAGACCAUCUCUUUACCUAUCACACCUUUUAAACAGGGGAACAGGUAAUGUGUCAAGCUUUGUUUCGUUUUUAGCAAAUAGUUGGAAAGAAGCUUACAGAACAUUGGUAACUGGUUAAAAAGAAACUGCGAAUAAUUCUGUUUCCUUUCAUCCACUCAGAGCUUUAAUAGAGCCCUUGGAUGUUCUCCUCUUCUCCCGGUACUAGACUGGAUCAACCACCUGACUUAUUCAGUGUGCCUGUGAAUUAUUCAGUGUCAUUUCAGAACCCUUUAACCCAUGUGUUGUCUUCCUGUCUACCAUUGUCCUUCCAGGGACAAAAUUGAAAAUUAACUCUUUUUUUUUGCUUUUUCUGUUGUUUUGUUGUUUGUGUCGCUUUAUUUGAGGAUUUUGGCGCUUUAAAAAAAUAAAUUCCCUUUCUUUUUAACUUCAUGGUCAUUAAACCUCAUUUAAAUGACAUACCUAAUUUUUGAGUUUAAAAAAAAGCUAAAACUAUGAAUUAUUUCAACUAAUAGUCAACAUAAGAGGAGGCUGAGUGAAUCACAGACUGGUUUAUGUCAAACUUUAGUCAAAACUGUUUUUUUCUUUUUAAAUGCUAUGAACAAAAACUCAGUUAAAGUAAUUUUAAUUUGACCUGCAAAGCAUGGUGCAUCCAAGUUAUGUCUGGUCAAUUUGGUUGUAAGCAAGCCAUAUUUCUGAUAUAAAAACUUUGAAAACGGGUGUAGAAGGUGAGUGAAGGAGCAUUUUGUCAAAAGGAGAGAUUUGUAAAGCUGAUGUACCAAAUAUUAUAAACCUUUGUCCUGUGGCCACUGGCUGCUUUGUCACAAUAUUCAAUGGUACUACAUGUGGUUUGGAUUAUGGAUUAUUUAUGUACAUAAAACAUGUUUGCCUUCAUUUGUACUUUUUUGUCAGAAAUGGUUUAAUAGGGAUGCGUAGUGACUUGACCAAUCAACCCACACUUGAAAGUGUGCUGGUUGUGGCAAGCAUUUGUCAUACCAAAGGGUCCAAGAGAAAUACACUAUGCU